AUGGAAGCAGAGGAAGAAGGUGCGAAUCUUAGCAUUUACAAGGCGGCGAGAUGCAUAAAGCGAAGGGACAACAGUUUAUACAACGCUCUCAGAUCCAUCUACCAAGACUCCAUCUUUGUCUCUGAAAUCUCUCUGCUAUGGCCUCAGCUCCCUCUCCUCGCCAACCUACGGUGCGGCCUCUGGUAUUCCCGCGCCUUCCACUCCACCUGCUACUUCAAAUCCACCGACGGCCACACCAACAACUGCUCCUUCAGCACCGCUCGCCUCAACCUUCACGUCGCCCAACUCGCCGGAGAGAAGGGAGGAUGCUUCAUCGUUGAUUCCACUCGAAAAGGAAAGCGCUUCCCUGAUAGCAUGUCCAAAACUAUACCCAUUUGGACAUGUGUUUUUAAUCGGGCCAUCAGGGACUUUCGUGACUCUAAUGGUUCUCAUGAAAGUGUUUGUCAAUGGGAUUGCUCCUUGCACCUUCCCCUGUGGGUUUCCCAAACAGAAAGAGCUUCCAUUGAGAAGCGGUUAGAGGAAUGGACUCUGUUACUGAAAGCAAGUGGGGCUGAUAUUGCUUCCCUUGCUGCUUGCUUGAGGAAACCUUUGCGCCCUCUCUGGAUUUCACAGAAAACUGUCAUCUGGUUAAAUGAAGUGCCUCACCAUGAAUCUUGGGAUUUCACACCCAUCAUUCUUGUGUCAGCGUCUUCCUCAGUUGGUGUGAGCCAACAUGGGACAACCUCUGAGUUCAGCUGGAAUUACAUACCCGGUGCAGGAGAUGAUGAAGAAAGUUGGGCCAGGGGUCUAUCACCUGGCCUUUUCUGGAAACAUGUUUAUGAUCUUAUAAAUUCAGGUCCUGAUGUGUGUAACCAGAAGGUUGCAGAUAUAGUUGAAAAGAAUAGAGUAAACCGUGCAUAUAGAGGAGAAAGUGCACCACAGAUUACGGUUAAACCCCUUAAGUCAGUCUCUCUUACACAAGAAGAACCAUCGGUAACUUAUGAUGCUUCAAUUGUUAAAACUGAUACCGAGUCUUCGGAAGAUUUUGGAUUAUCUUGGUUAGGAUCAACUAAUUUGGCAGUUGGCACAUCUCAAAUUGCUGCAGACGCUGCUAAUGUAGAUUGCAUACUGAAUUGUGAUCAGGAGUCCAUCUCUGUCUGUCUUCCCAGUGCUGAAUCAUAUUUGCAUCUUCCAAUGAUGACUUCAAAGUUUGAUCGAUUUUCUUUAUUGACCAAUCUUCAAAAAGCGAUGAACUUUGCAAAGUUCAAUCUCAGCCAGGGAAAAAGACUUCUAGUUUGUUGUAAUAAUGGGGAAGAUAUUAGUGUAUGUGUUUGUUUAGCAAUCCUAUUGUCACUAUUUGAUGAGAAAGGUACGUUUGAUGAUGGGAAAUCCUUCAAUGCAACACACAUCACCAAAUGGGAUAUGAGGCGACGACUUGUAUAUUUAUGCAAGUUUGCAACAGAUGCUCGACCAUCUAGAGGAAAUUUGAGGCAAGUUUUCAACUUUCUGGUAGGUGGAAAAUGCGUUCAUGAUUUGGACAUGGGAAGAGAAGAGUAG